AUGAAAAGAUCAUCACUCGGAAUCGAUCCUGUGAAGAAGAUCAUGAUUUCUCUAUGGAGAGGUCAACAGCAAUAUAGGAAAGAGGCAGUGAUGAGGAGAUUCUAUUGUAGUAAUAUUUCUACUACUACUCGUGUCAUUCCUGAAUGUAAAAUGGAUUCGUAUAAUACAUUGAGAGAUCAAUGCUCUUCAUCAAUUUUCAAAUAUCCUAAUUCUUCGUCCAUGAUGAUGAUGACCAAACACACCCAUGAACAACAGCUCAGAAGAAAUUAUUCCAUAACGACGAGGUUUACUCGUUUGGAAUCUAAAUCUCUUCAGCAAGAAGAACAACAACAACUCAAACAAACUCAUCGGGAUGAAUCAUCUUCGAACCAACAAGAAGAAGAAAAUUCCUCCUCCUCCGAUGAUGGCUCUUCACUGAUCUUGUACAAUUCCAAAUAUCCCCAUUUCAUUCAUCGCUUUCUCAUUCAACCUUACCAAAGAAAUAAGACUCAUAUUUAUAAUUCACUAAUUACUUCUGGAUUAUUCUAUACCAUCUAUGAAUAUGAUAUUGAUGUGAAUUGGUUUUUGACCUUGUUGUGGUUGAUGGGAAGUAGCUAUUUGAGUUACUCUUCACAUGUACAUAAUAUCAAUCACAUUCCACUCGUAUUAACAAAAUUAGAGUAUGAUUCCAAGAAUAAGGUGUUAUUUUUGUACGACGACAGGGGACAACUCAUUGACAAGAUUACAGAUUUUCGUAAUUUAAUUCUUGACAAUGCUAUGGAAUUUAAAGUACACAUGCCACUUGCUGGCUUCUUCUGGAAGAGCUUUUUAUUGAAUCGAAUGGACAUGACACAACGUUAUGCAUUGAAAUUUCUACAUUUCAAUCCAAAUCAAGCAAAAAAACGAGCAGUGGCAGGAGAUUUUGGAAUUCAACACAACAUUUCUGAACGAAUGAAACAAGACAAGAUUACCUCCAUUGAUCCAGAAACAGGUGUCAUGAGACAAUAUGUCUAUAUGGUUGUCAAUUCCAAUCCACAAGUCAUCCAAGAAUUGAGAGAGGAUCUUGUUGAAUUGAGACAAGAACAUGUGAAAUCCUCAAAAUGGACCAAGUGGUAA